CACCAAGUGCUGCACUGCAGAUUCACAGUUUUUCAUGCAUUCAUACAGUUCAAGGAGGUUUUCACUGCUCAUUUCAAGGUGGAAGCAGAGUGGGAAUUUCAAUCAAAACUUCAUUAACCUCCAGAGUGUAUGGAGGAAGGAAAAAUGUCUAAUUUCAUGGUGUCCACCUGGAGCGGAGGAGGUCUGCCGCCCAGAUCCUGGUACAUCCCGUGUCACGAUCCGUUUAGCUUGAAGGAGUAUUGUACCACCACUGUAAUGGAACUAUGUGCCAUAACAAAAUGGACGCGAGAACAGAUGAACCCCUACCGUCAUAUAGUUGUGUAGUAACAUUUAAUUCACUGGUCAGCAGCAUAUUAAAACACAAAAGUCUGUGGUUCAUUUAGUGGAUCUCUGAAUGAGAGUCAUCAUUCAACUGGAGGUCAGUCAGCAAUCCAAAUGAGAUUUACUCAACAUUUAAUGAUCGUUGGUUGUCCCUGUUUUCUCUCCAGUCUUAUUCUGAUUUUGUUAAAUGCUGAAUUAGUUGCUGUCUUCACUAAACUAAUCUGCAGAAGACAGCCUGGAUCCUCUGUUUGUUUUUUCUUUUUCUGAAGAAAUAGUUCAACAUUUUGGGAAAUAUUCUGGUUGUUUGUCUCACCAGAACUUAGAGGAGAAGAGUAAUAUUGGUCUUUCUGUCUGUGGGAUCUGAAGCUGACAUGGCACAAAGCCAUGUAAUUGUAACACAAUUAUCAUUUCAGCACCUCCAAAGUUCCCCAAUUUACACGGUAUGGCUUGUUUACUGACACCCAAAAUGUGAAAAUGACUUUUUUCUUGGGUAUGCAGUAUUGUACUGAGCAAGGCUAACAGUUUUCAGUUUUCGCAGUCUGUAUGUUAAGCUAAGCUAACACUAGCUUCACAUUUAGGCUUAUGGCACAAAUAUGAGGGUGUAUUUCCCAAAAUGUCAACACUCAAAGUCAAUGCCCAGAUUGAUUGUCAAAAGAGACAUAAGUUCACAGUGUAGUAAUAUAUUCCAGCCGGGACACAGACCCCAUAGGAAUAGGAUGGAUGGACAGUGUUGAGUAUGGUAUCAAUUUGGACAAUCGAAAUAGUUUUUGCGGUGAAAUGAUAUGUUGGGGGGGGGGGCAGUAAAGCAACACACAGGCAUGCCAAUAACCAUAAAAAUCCACAGAAGAAGAAGAAGAAUGAGGCUGUGCUCUGAGGUUCUAAAGUUCAAAGGUUGUCUGCCUGUUUCCGUUGUUAUAUGCUGAUAUUUCAAAACAACUUGGUAUUUUGCUUUGGCUGGUGAGACGUCACGUGAGGAUCAUCAGACACUAAAAUGUCCUCCACAGCUACAGAGCUCUCUGUCCCGGUGCCCUGGGGACAGAUCAGAGGUAAAGCCUGGGGUCCUGACCACGGGCGUCCUGUGCUGUGCCUGCACGGCUGGGCUGACAACUGUGGUACCUUCAACACACUCAUUCCCCGUCUACCCAAAGACGGCAGGUAUGUAGCGGUGGACAUGCCAGGUCACGGUCUGUCCUCCCAUCGUCCUCCCGGAGUUUUCUACUCUUUUCCCGCGUACGUGGCGGAUGUUCGCAGAAUUGUUGACAGUGGGAACAUCGCUGCAUUGUUCAGCGCACUCUAUCCUGACAUGGUGGAUGCUGUCGUACUGCUGGACACUUUGGGAUUUAUUCCGACAGAUCUGACAGAAAUACCCAAAGUGAUGAGACAGGGGAUGGAUGAGAUGCUACAGUAUGAAAAAAAGACAGAAGAGAAGAGAAGAGUUUACACUUAUGAGAAGGCAGCGGAGAGGAUUUGCAUUCUCCAGAGACCUAAAAACAUAGCGCGCAUGAGUUUCGAGCAGAGUCUGGAGAUGCAGGCGAGGAUUCAAGCCCCUCUGCUAGCUGUUCUGGCGGACGAAGGUUUCUGUGUGACGUUUCCGGACUUGAGCCAACAGAGGGUUGCUUCGAGACUUCUCCAGGGCUAUCAUGACCGGAGCAAGGGACAGGUAUGACAACAAGGAGUAGUGUUGUGAACCCUGACAGAGAUCGGAGAAUGUUACCAACAAACAAGGUUACAGAAGAGUUCAAACACACAACCAGAUUGUUCCUUUUCUUUGAAAAAAAAUAAAUCAAUAUCAAAACUGAGCACAGAGGAAAAUACACAGAUGUUUUGUUCAGUACACAAAAGACCUUUUUCACAUCGGACGUUUUAGCUUUUCAAAGCAGUGAAAGCACAGAUGUCCUGGUUUCAGGCUCCUAUUUUUCUCUGUGCUUUCUCAGUGUCAUGACUCACUUGGUGAAACUGAGCCUUUGUUGACAUUAAAUUUGUUACACCUUUGCUUUUCCUGCUGUGACAAGUCACAAAAGGGGACUGUGGUUCCUCAGUAUCAUGCUGGGCAGAUGUACCAAAUGGCUCCUCAGACCUGAAAACCUCACAGGGAACUUUAAACAUCCUUUCACAAAGUAGUAUACAGAUUCUACAAGUAAACAUGUGUUUACAUAUGUUAAAGUGAGUCAUACAGUAUGGGCAAAUGUAAAACGACAACAACAAAACAGCUAUGCAAUGAACAAGAGCAGUGUCCCUGUGGUACACCACCAUGAAAACACAGACAGAGAUAUUGCUUUUUUUUAUUCCACACAUACGUCUUCCUUUUCAAAACCUGUGGCUUACAUUACCCACAGUGACGUCGGUUAAGACAAGUUCAUGGAUUACAUUUCCUCUGGAGCCACACAAGGCUUUAUACUACCUUUUCAUAUAUGCACACUUUAUUGUAUAAAAAUGGUGGAGUUACCCUUUAAUUCAAUCAAGCCUCAUUCAGUGUGAAACACGAUAGCCCCGUAUCACUCAGAAACAAAAUUCUGGGCCAAGACCCAACCUCCAUCCAAGUUUUGAGAAACGAAGACUCAGCGUGAGAGAAAAGAUCUUUCUUUUGAAAAAGUCAGAGCUGCACAAAGUAAUGUAAAAUGAGAAAAUCAAAUGUUCACCAUCACUUCUCUCUCUGCCUCAGCACACAGUGGUGACUGUGCCGGGCGAUCAUCAUGUCCAUCUGAGCAAUCCUGAAGUUGUCGCUCCUCUUGUUUCUCAGUUCCUGCAGACCGAUGUGAUCCCACAGCAGCUGCCAGCAUAGUGAACACACACGCACACACACACACACAUGCACGCACGCACGCACACACACAUACACACACACACACUCCAAGAAGACACAUACUCAUUGUGAAAUUUCGCACUUUAAGUGCACUGUUCUCAAACAAUACUUAACAUAUCACUUUUUGUUUUUUCAGUCCUCAUGUGUCACGAUUUGAACAAAACUGUGAGGUUUCUUCUGUGACGCAUCACCUAUAAUCAUAUCGAAUCAUGUAAAUGUUGUUUGUGCUUUGUUCAGUGUUUUUGUCAUCACUUCACAAUAUUGAUUUCAGGCCUUUAUGAUGCAGCAACUUCCAUCUUGUCUUCCCAAAGCUGUUUCUCGCUAAAUGCAGACAACGCGGUGGCAUAGGGACCCCAUGAAGAAAUAAAAGUGUGAUGUGAACAGACUGCAGAACUGACCUGACUACUUAUUGUGCUGGCUCAGCACUUGGGUGACCAGACAGAAACAUUUGGAACAAUCACCAAUCAUCAGUUAUGAGCAGUCAUCCCCAAUCCUGAAUCCUGCCCUGUUUGUCCAGAAGAUUAGUAAUAAUGGAGAAUAAUUAACAUUACGACACCCGAAUUAGCUUUUUAAACACAGAUACUAAACCCGCGAAUAAUCAGCGAUGAUCUCCUUUUAUGUUGCCAGUGAAGUUUGCCUUUCGUUUUUCCACUUCUGUCUUCCAUUACUCAUCACAAAUGCGCUGGAAAUACAGUGAAUCAAACACCUCAUUAGACUACACCUAGAAAACUUUAAACUUGUUUUACAAAGUCUUAAUCAAUAAUAUUCAUAAUUAGAUGGGGGGUUUUUUUUCAGGGCUGGUAACAGAAUGGUUAUUCUUUUGAAAUCUUUAACUUCAGUCUCUCUUUCAAAAUCAGCGCUGGCUGAACAAUGUUCGAGCGCUGCUUGACGGAGACAGAUGGAAAAAUAUUAACAAGCCAACAGCCUUAACUUCAACACACAUCAUAGCAUCGCGCCUUAAAAAGGAGAGUAAGUAAGCAUGUUCACCCAGCUGUGACAUUCACAUUACAGCUGAGCCGAGCCAGAGGCGAUAAAUACCUGUGACUACUGCCGGGUUCAUUGACAGGGGAGUUAAUCCUUCUGAUAUACAUUUACAUUGUACACAGAAGGGUUUCCUGGCCAGUGUGAAAGAUGUAUAAGUAGAUAUAUAAACAGAGUUUGGAACCCCCUCCGCAAAAUUCGAUCACCUAUUGUAUAGGGCCCCAAAAAAGCUAUAAAUGGCCCUGCUACUUCUUCAAAAUCUUAUUUGUUCAUAUAAUGCAUUUCUUUUUUUCCUAUUUUCCAAUUUUUCUGAAGUCAUAGAGUACCUGUUCCCAUCUUGAUGAAGAUUGGUGCACUGUGAAAACACCAGCGGCAACAACAGAAAUGAUCGUUAUUAUUAAAGGAGCUCUGUGGAACUUCUGUGUUGUGCUGGAGGCUGGUCAUUAGUUUAUGUUAGCAGACUCAAUUUCUAUACUAACGUUAGCUACUGUUGCUCUCAGUUAGCGGAGGCACUCGGGGAAACAUCCAUAAAGUCACAUCCUUUAGACGAAAAAAUCUGACCUGAGUCCUUCACAAAGAAAUCCACAGUCCAGCAGCAUUAAACAGCUGAGACAAGCCAUCCACAGGCUUCUACAGGCAACAGAGAGAGACGGGGGAGGUCUCAUUUCUCACAUCACAUUAUAAUCUGCUCACACGUUGCCAAUAAAUAAGUGAUUAAUGCAUGUGCAUAAUUACUCAUUGUGACAUCGAUCCCCUUUAGUCUUUCUUUCUUAUCUUUCGCUUCAGGUAAGACAGCAAAAUGAAAUGAACUAUUGCAUAAAGUAAAAUAUAAUCAAAUAAAUGUGAUUCUUUGACAAAUUGCAUAAAACUAAUUCCAGUGAUGUCAGAUAAAAUGAAUAAAUAAGAGACAUGAUGUCCUAACCUGGUCAAACUAUGACAACAGAACAAAAAAAAAGUAAAAUAAAUUCUUCACUGUUAAAAAAAAAACCCCAAAAAACACCAUUUCUUUCUGUAACUCGUUGGACCAGGAUGUCACAUGUCAUCAGUUCUGUUUGAAGCUGUUCUGUUUAACUCGGCUGCUUUUCAUGGAUCUCACGCUUGUGCAGAAUGUGCUAAAAAUGGCAGUCAUCAAAAGGGAUGACAUCCACUGACAACUUUUCAUUAUGUAGGCCAUCCUCUCUGUAUUCAGCUUUUGUCUCGGAAACCAGCAAGACAAAAAGCCCCCCCCAAAAAAAAAAGAAUAUCUUUUUUCCGCCCUUUUGCUCAGAGGAGUGACUCCAUAAAACACUGCAGCUGCCGUCACUCAGGGCAGAUAUGAGAGGUGGUGCUCACAAAAAAAUGGCCCCCUCUCUCCCUCUCUCAAUGUCACAUAAACUGUGUGAUGGCCUUGGUGUUAAAUGGAGUGGAAUUGAUUUUACGCAGCGAGCAGCAAGCCGACGAGCAUCCAGAGACAUCUGAAGGGCUUGCCCCCACCACUCACUCUCCCCCCCCCCCCCCCCAAAAAAAAAAGAUUAUAGUUAUAUAAGUUUCCCUCCCACUCUCUCCAUCCUCUCAGCCACCAGCAGGGGGGUUGUCAUAGCAACCCCCACCCCUCCUUUCCAACGUCAGCACCAGGAGCCGGAGGAUGAAGCCGCAUGCAGCUUCUGUCUCUUGUGCCUCUCAGAGAGCACCUGUGAUUCUGUCCGCCUCGCAUGCAACAGUCAGAGCUGCGGCGCCGGAGAUCAUCUCAUGGUCGGUCUGACUCUUUGACAUCCAACGCCAUCAAACCCACGGGAGAGCGACUGAUUCAGCAGCGCCUGCAGCAGUGAUGUCGUGGCUGUUCUUGGACUGGUUCGUCCCUCUCUACCUGCUGGUGUCGGUUCUGGUUCUGGCAGGCUUCGGAGCGUGCCUGUACUUCCUCGAGCCCGGGCUGCAGGAUGCCCACAAGUGGAGCAACAAAACAGUCCGGCAUCACCCACUGGUGGCCAGCGUGAACUGCAGAGAUGACGAUAGCAAUGCCCUGAUAUGAUCGAGAGGACGAGGGGGAGCAGGGCGGGGAGGCAGGCCAUCUGGACAGGGGUGCCGCCAGGACAGAGGUGGGAUGGGAGCCAACACCUUUUAAGAUGGAGAGGACGAGAAAGAUGGAGGAGCUAUCAUUCCAACUAUUCCCUGUUUCUCUAACACACUUAAAGCGUUUUUUCCCCUGUUAGAGAUCAGGGAAAAGUUCAGCAGAGUUAAAAAACAAAAAAAAAAGAAGCCAAAUGCACAAAAAGGAGGUGGAUUGGAGGACAUGUUGCCCUUUAGAAAUGAUGUAAAUUUCACGCCAUCUUAUACUUGUGCCAACUUUUACAUACGUUUUGUAACCCGACAAUCACUUUACAUAUCUCAUGAAGUUUACCUACAUUGUGCAUUUAAUUAAGGGUGAAGGGAAUGACAUAAGUGCAAUGAAUUUGUCGCCAGCAGGGAGGGAUUGGUUUUUUUUUGUUUUUUUGGAUCCUCUCUCUGGUGAUGUCGGCAUGGCAGCUGCUGAGAAGCAUGAGGAUUGUUAGUGCCGCUGUGCCAAAAUGGUGUAGUACUGACGUUGUUAGAAUACUAUGUGCUGAAUAAACGCAACCGAUUUGUUAGCGGUGCCAAAAUUCUCCUGGAUGGACCAAGAUUGUAGAAAAAUAGUAUUUGGUAACGCUCAAAGUGGUUUUGUUUUUUGUUGUUUUCAUUGUUUUUACCUGACAGCAUGGUGAGGAAACAGAGUGCGGCUCUCUUUUGAUGAUCAUAUGCUUCCUUUUGUUCAUACAAAAUAAAACUGUUAAUCCUC